AUGAAAAAUGGAAGAACUUUCGAUCAGAAGCGAUCAGAUACGAUUGGAUUGCACAUGGGUAUACAAGAUACGGGAGAAUUCGGAUAUCUUCAAAGAUUGGAUUCGAUGAAAAUGGAUGAAAAGAAGCGAUUUGGGAGCGAAAUUUUCGAAAUGAGUGAACCAUUUCAACGUCGGCUGAAUGGGCAAGGCAGGGCUGAACGCUUGAAAACGGGUGAAAUAGUCGAAAACGCACCGAAGCAA